AUGUACACUGCUGACUGGAAAGUGUUGCAUGAUUCACGCGCUGAUUUUCGCUUUAUAAAUCGACCGGCUUGUGUAGUAGUUCAACGAGAAUAAGAAAGGUUAGAGUGGUUUCCCUACGAAGUAGUCAGUCGCAGAACGAGAAGCAGAAAGGUGAAGAUUGGCAGCAAGAGAGAAAUAAAAGAAACGACUAAGUGAGUAAAGAAAGAAAGAGAGAGAGAGAGCGAGAGAGAGAGAGCGAACGAACGAAACAAGCGAGCGGGAGAGUAAAAAGAUAACAAUCCACAAUUUUGCUGCGUAAGAAUCGCAUUGCAGUCUCGGACGAUAAGUCUUGCGGAGAGUAAGUUUUCUUUUCUUUUUACUUGUUUAUCUUUAAUUUUCCACAAAACCACCGGCACGAAUAAUUUAUAUUGACAAAACGUGAAAAACUCGCCAAAAAUCAAUACAGCCUAAACAUACCCCUACCGUUUUUCUCGUUUUUUUUCCAUUUUUCCAAAGCUUAUACUUGUACAUAAUGAAUCGAUUGAGUCAUUAAAUUUUCAUUUGAGACUUUCCUUUUAUUUACUUCUUUUAAAAAAAUUUACAAAUUACUCUUAAUCCAUAAUAUAAUUAACCCUCUGGUUUAUAGGCUGCCAACACUCAAUUAUAUAUAUAAACUUUCGUAUUUAUAACAUCCAUCAUUCCGCAAUGGGCGUCGAGUUUGCAACAAAGUCGAUUAUUCAUUUAAAAAAAAAAUUUUUUUUUUGCCACCAAACUUAUUGACUUUAUCAAGUUGGCCAGUAAAACGUCUUCCUAUUUUUUAGGCCUAUUUUAAAUCGCUUGCUAACAGCAACAGCUGUUUUCAUAAAAUUGAAUUAUUUUGCAGACACAUCCUAUACGUACAAGCGCUCAUUCGGCGUUGGCAGUAUGCAAAAAGAGAAAUGGUGGACGAAUUCGACGCUUAUUUUACUCGAGCUCAAUUAGAGGGCGAACAAUUGGAGAAAUUACAGAAUAGGCGAUGUUCCCUUCCGGCGGCAUCACCUACACCAGAAUCAAAAUCGUCAUUGAAUAGACGAGUAGGUAGCUGUAAAUAUCCUAGAAGGCGAGGCUCAAAUUCUCCUAGGGAUCAUAGUACUUCGCCCAGGCGUAGUAUCACUGAUGGAUGUCCGGACGGUGUUAGUCCAGCCUACAUAAAUGAGCCGACACUUCGUGCUCCAUCUCCACGUUUGGGUACAAAGUGCCAUUCGGCCCCCCAUUCGCGAUCGUCUUCCUGGAAGAAAAUGCGUCGGCCUAGAUCUUCGAGAGAUAUUACUGACGAUCUUGAUUACUUUAACGGCAGGGAUCGCUCUGGAUCAACGCCAAAUGAUGACGAUACGGUAAUGGCCACGUUAGAAAAGUUAAGGAUUGCCCAACAAGAGGAUUUAUGCGUCGUUAGGACGUUCGAAAUCUCUUCUAAAGGAUUAGUGAACCGUGGCGAUAGUUUUAAACGACGCAGUGACGCUAGUAUAGCUAGCAGCUGCAACAGCAGCGGGGCUGCGCCUAGCUGUGCCGACGAAACACCUUUGCUCAAUAAACCUGCCAACUCGACGAAUUCUAGUGACAGCAAAAAUACGGCAGCAAUCUUUAAAGUUGCCGUUAUAGGAGCGUCAGGCGUUGGUAAAACGUCACUUUUACAACAAUUUAUGACUAGUGAAUAUAUGGGAGGAGUCGAGAUUAGUUUUGACGAUGAGAGCGAAAGAACAGUUUCCGUGCUAUUAGACGGCGAAGAUACAACCAUGACGUUUAAUGAAAUCGAACCUCAAGCUGCGAGCGUGCAAAAUUAUAAAACGACAGAUAUAGACGCAUUUAUCUUCAUCUACUCAAUUACCGAUAAGAAGACUAUCGAAUUCGUCGAGGAAAGGCUACACGACGUUCAACGCUACGUCAGCAAACCUCACGCCGCUAUCGUCGUUGGCAAUAAAAGUGAUUUAGUGCGAAAGCGACAGGUUAAGGAAGAUGAUGCUCGUCAGCUGUGCUCCGAAUUGCACGCCAAGUACAUUGAAGUGUCUGCUGCCCUGAACCAUAGGGUAGAUGAGCUAUUAGUUGGAAUAGCACGACAAAUAAGAUUUAAUCCACAACGAGCACCCCGGAAAAUAACCGAUAAAUCCAGUACGAAAGCUUUUCUCAAGAAAAUCCUCGGAAGAACACAUUGUGUCAGCCGAACUUGCGAUGAUUUAAUGGUUCUUUAA